AUGAGGACAUUCAGAGAUACUCUGGCUACCUGCGGUUUGAUGGACCUUGGCUACUCUGGUGUGUCGUUCACUUAUGAUAAUAGGAGAUCGGGCUCCAGGAAUGUUAGGGUCAGAUUGGAUCGUGCAGUGGCUGACGAUGAAUGGAGAGAUUUGUAUGGCCAGGCAAAAAUUGAACAUUUGGUCUCCCCCUGCUUGGAUCAUAACCCAAUCCUAGUUCGGCUGCUGGAGGAUAAUCCAACGGAGCGUAGGAAAAUUAACCGCCAGUACGAGCUGUUCUGGGAAAAGGCUGCGGAGCUACCUGAACUGGUGGCGGAGGCCUGGAAGGAUGCUCAUGCUAACGGCGACUUGGGUGCAGUCUUUGCUGGCCUUGGUAGUGUUAUGCAGAAGCAGCAGGGAUGGAGCAAAGGGAAAUUCGGUAACAUUUUAAAAGAUAUUGAACUGGAGAGAAGCAAGCUCAACCAGUUGUGUAUGGACAAUGCUGAUAUCCGUGAGAUCAGGAAGGUGAAUGACCGAAUAAAUGAACUGCUAUAUCAAGAAGAGCUUUUGUGGAUGCAGCGGUCACGUAUUGAUUGGAUAAAAGCUGGGGAUCGCAACACAAAAUUCUUUCAUCAGAAGGCAGUUUGGAGAGCGAAGAAGAAUAAGAUAGUCAAGUUGUGUGAUGAUGGAGAUACCUGGGUUGAAGACAUACCGACUCUUGAAAAGAUGACUACUGAAUAUUUUCAGAAUAUUUUCACCAAGGACCAUACCCUUGACUCGUAG